AAAAUGAAAAGAACAUGGAGAGUGUAGGUGAGGGUUGAGGUUUUAGCCGGUUCAGACGCACGAUCCGCAACUAUUGGGACGCACAAUUUUCAGAUUGCCAUUGUCGUCCCCAUAUUCUCUCCCACUUUCCCACUCUCCCACUCUCCCACUCUCUCUCUCUCUCUCUCUCUCUUUAUAUAUAUCUAUAUCUAUGUAUAUAUAGAAUAGUAUAAACUUCACUUCCAUUACACGUAUCUCCGAAUGCGGGUCUUUUCCCAAUUUGCGAUUACUUCCAGCUGAAAGCGAAUUGUACUUGUGAUGCUAUGCUCCCCACCUGUUAUUGAUUUCAGAUGAUGAUAGCUCCCAUGAAUGUUUCAAUAUUUCAAGGUUCUAGAUGUAGAAUCAAUACUCUAGCCCAUUUGUGGAGUGGAAACCUCCACAGUUGGACUAGGAGAUACAGCACUACCUCAAAGCUUCAUGAUUCCAAAAUCCCGGGGAUCGAUGGAGGAAAUACGAAGAAAUGGACGAGAAGACCCAUAACAACAAAAACAGAAGGAAGUAUUGAAACCCCUCAGAGAAGUAAACCAAGCAGCAUUAGGCAUGAAGUUUUAGAUGAAACCGUUUCAGCUAGUAGUACCUUGAAUAUUGGUAAAACAGAGAUUACUCAAUUCCAAAAGCUUCAAUAUUGUGAUGUUCAGCGAGAGAGUUAUGAGAAGUUGGCGAGCCUAUUGACAAUUAUUGUUUUUGACAUUGAAACCACUGGAUUUAGCAGAGAGAGUGAGCGUAUCAUUGAGAUUGCUCUUCAAGUUCUUCGCGGGGGUAAGAAUAGCACUUUCCAGACAUUGGUAAACCCCAAUAAGUCUGUUGAAAAUGAACGUAUUCAUGGCAUUAAGACAAACAUGGUCAACAGACCUGAUGUUCCAAGGAUGAAGGACUUGAUACCAAUCUUACUUCAGUAUGUCAGUAGCCAUCAAAUACCUGGCGGCAAGGUAUUGUUGGUCGCACACAAUGCUCGAACCUUUGAUGUACCCUUUCUGAUUAGCGAAUUCAGUCGCAGCUCCAUAGAAAUUCCUUCAGAUUGGCUAUUUGUGGACACCCUUCCUUUGGCACGCGAAUUAGUGAAAAUGGAAGGAUCAACACUUUUGAAGGCAAAACUGGAACAUUUGAUCGACCACUAUGAAAUCAUACGGGAAGGUGAUGCUCAUAGAGCCAUGUCAGAUGUGAAGGGUCUGGCAUUAAUUUUUCAAAGGCUUACCUUCGACUUGAAGCUUUCAGUGUUGGACAUUCUUGAGAAGUCUUUCAGUGCAUCGGACUUGAUCAAUCAAAAGAAGAAGAAGAGCUCAGGCUAGUCAAGCUAGUCAGGCUUGUGCUUCUGCUGUAGAACUAACUGUGUUGUUGUUUGAUGAAUUAAUCCAAACUCAGAGUCAGAGAACUGAUACCCUUUUACACACCUAGUAAUUUAUUUGUAUCAUCUAAGGUGUGAACCCACUGAUGGAGUGGGGCGGCUUUGGCUUUUGUUAGAGCAGAAAGCAAUUCAUUGUAAUUGUUUACAUUUAUCAAUAAAAGUUACAAAAUUGUGACUA